AUGGCACAAGAGCUUUCCUUCCAGCUCGAGUCGCCUCGGACAGACUACCAUCGAAGCUUUGACGAUAGCUUUCACCUCCCAAGCGCUAUGAUGUUCUGGACGAAGCCGCUUGUGGUCUCCGACGUUGUCCGCAGUUUGCUUCCUUGGUUUAUCGCCUUACUCCUGGGUGUGCUCACCGCCAUCACAGGAAGCGCCAUUGCGAUUUUCUCUGAUUUUCUGGGCGACGCGCGCUUUGGAUUUUGCCGUGGCCUCCUCCUCGCGGACCGCAACCGCUGUUGCGGCGGGUCUGAGAAUGUGGACUAUGUGCUUGAGAAGUGCAAGAGACCGGCGAUCGGCGACGACGGGGUGGUGUGGGUACCUUGGGCACAUUUCUUCGAGUUCAGUGGGACCGCUGGCGCAAUCCUCUCCUUGUUCUUGUACGUCUCCGCCUCGCUGGUCUUCACUGGUUUAGCUGCAUACCUGGUCUACGAGUACGCACCGACGGCUAGAGGCAGUGGCAUCCCCGAAGUGAAGGCAGCAGUGUCAGGCUACGAUCUACCCUUGAGCUUCACGGGCGCCUGCUUGGUCAUCAAAGCCCUAGGCCUCAGCCUCGUCGUUGGGGCUGGCCUCUCCCUUGGAAAGGAGGGCCCCCUAAUCCAUAUCGGGGUCUGCCUCGCCUCGACCUUGCAGCGCGCCUGCGGAGCCCUAGGCCUCCGAAGAGCCGGGAUGCCCUUUCACGAGAUGGCCUGCAUCGGUGCCGCGGCCGGCGUGUCCACAGCCUUCGGAGCACCCUUAGGAGGCGUCUUGUUCGCGGUGGAGGAGUUGGGAUCUGUAAGGUCUUUGAGUCAGAGGACCCUCCUCCUGUCCUUCUUGGCGGCUUUUGCUGCCAGCUUUACCCUGAAGUCUCUGAACUUGACGGGUGCCAAUCGACUUACCUUGUUCGCCUUAUCCCUUCCCACGCACACGGCAAGGAAGGAGUGGAUCUCCUGGGAGAUGUGUGCUUUCUUCUUGAUCGGAGUCACCGGGGGCAUUGGCGGGGGCCUCUUUGUGAUGAUGAACUUGUGGUGUACCUCACAGCGGCGCCAGGCGCUGAAGGAGGGCCGCCUUUGGUUCCUACCAAUGCUUCCCUGCAAGCAGCGGGGUACCCUGAAUGUGUUGGAGUGCGUUAUCAUUGCCUUGGUGACGGCGACUCUGAGCUAUCCCUUCACCCAGCUAUUGCGGUCCCUGUCAACGGAGGCUAUCCAUGCGAUGUUCGAAACGUGCCCCAAUGCGCGUCCAAGCCACUUCGGCUUAUGCGAUCCGGACGACGAUGCAGUGGCGAACAUCAGCCUUCAUGCGAACAUGUGGCUGCUCAUCGCAGCAGUGGUGCGGCUCUUCCAGACAACCUAUACCUUCGGAGCUGCCAUACCAUCGGGCCUCUUCAUACCCUCGUUGUAUGUCGGAGCUGCCUUAGGCCGCUUGAUAGGAAAUCUCAUCUUUCGCUUGGCGGCUGCCGUGUCCGAGUUCCCGGUGCAUAUCGAGCCUGCCGUCUUCGCCAUGGUAGGUGCCAUAAGCAUGUUGUCGGGCUUCUGCCGCAUGACCGUGUCGCUCGUGGUGAUCAUGUUCGAACUCACAGGAGAGCUGAACUACAUCGUGCCCUUCAUGUGUGCCGUCCUCACGGCAAAACUUGUUGGCGACAUGAUGACGCCUUCAAUCUACGACGCCCAUGCAUCGCUGAACGGCUACGCGCCGGUCGAGGGGCAGGCUGACAUUCGCUUUGACACGGUCUUAGCCGAUAUCACCAAGCCAGGCGUGCACACCGGCUCGGUGAAAGCCGGCAUCGAGGCACUCGGCGUUCCCGAGAGCUGCGUGGCAGUGCUUACCCCGCAGGCGCCUCUGCUGACGGCAUACUGUGCUUUCCAGCACAAGCCGGAGCUUCAGUUCUGCGUUUGCACCGAGAGUCGGCGCUUGGGAAAGAUUAGCGUGAUCUCACGUGCUGACUUCGAAGCCGCCCUUGGGGAACAUGGUUUCCCGCUUUCACGGCCUACGGCCGAGGACUACCAAGUCCACCGCGACUUUGACACGGAUGCGACAUCAGGUUGCAGCUGGCCUGGGAUGAUGAGGAUUAGGAUCGUGCUUUCCGUGCUGCAUUUCCGCGACAUUCGGAUCCCUGGACCUCUUGUGGCCGUUAUGAGAGUCUGGGCGGCUCUGGUCUCGCCGCUCCCCUUCCGCCGCCCGGGCGAGGACACCGGGAUCGGUGGUUGGGGCGUCCGCGGUCACGGAUCCGGUGGAACUUCAGCGCCUGGAACCAUGGCUGUCUACCUGGUACAGAGUAUCGGGCUAUCUGUCCCUCUUUUCUGGCGUGCCGGCCGCGCCGAGUAUUCCUUGGCGCUGCCGAGGGACAGUCAGCUCGUGGCUCUCCGGGUGGACCUGACGCCGCCUUCCUCUUCCGAGGGAGCCGCCCUUUUGGCUGCGGCCCCACCUCUCGCUGUUCGCGUUCCUUCCAGGGGGCUGCGAUUUCCUCUGAGUCCAGGCGUGACUUCUGCCUACGUUUCUGCUGACAUCGGCGAGCCGUUGGACAUGAGGAUUGAGCUGCUGGGAAGCGAGUAUGGGCUUCGGGUGCUGCGCUCGAAGAUUACUUCCUCGGGUCAGGGCUUGUCGCCGGACCCGGCGCGUCUCUAUCCGCCCCAAGGUACUCUGGCGGGCUUGAACCUGUGGGACAGCAUGGGGCUGGCUGCCAACAUGGCAUGGUUCGCGCCCAGAGUGUCGCUGUACUUUGCGUCCAUCCGGGAGAAUGCGCACGGGGUGAGGUUGGCGGCCACUCCGAACGAUCCGGAUGCCGAGCUGGAAUGGCGGAUGAACGGCGGCAAGUGGGACUUUUUGGUUUCAGGCCUCACCUCCUCGCCGGCUGAGGUUGCCACUUCCGGCUGGACUUUGCUGGAGGUCCGUGUCUCCUCAUCCUCCCUCCCGGAAUCGUUGUCGCCCUUGGUCUACCAGGUGGUCUUGGCACGUGGAGCCCGUGUGUGCCAUCCCAGCUGCGCGUACUGCACCGGGCCGUCCGCGACGGAAUGCGAGUCCUGCGUGCCGCCACUGAUCCUUGCAGACGGCAAGUGCCUCUACACCGCAUGCCCGUCUUCAACGCAGUACUUCAACACCAGCACGGAGCGCUGCGAACCCUGUGAUUCGAGUUGCCUGGAAUGUGCAGAUGGAUCUCCUUGGGGAUGCAUCUCCUGUCCGCCCUCGCGAUACCUCCGGCCCAGCUCGGAGAUUGCCAUCGUGGGUUCCUGCGACCCGUCUUGCCUCUACGGGUUUUUCGUGCAGCCCACCAGCCAGCGUUGCCAGAUUGCUCCCGCCGGCACGGAAGUGGAAAGAUUUUAUUUGAGACUCACCCUCCGGAUCUCCGUGGAAGACUUCAUGGACAGCUCAGACACGUUGAAGGAGGUACUGUUCAAGUCCGCGGAGACGCUGGCAGUGUCGCCGCAGGACGUCCGAUUCCACAAGUGGGAGUCUGCGAAGGGGGGCCUCGGCGUGUUCUUUUUUCUCGAGGUGGAGAACCCUUUCGUACAGCACGACGAGCCAGAAGAGUGGUUUAGCAUCGAUGACUGGUUUGCUUCGCUUCCUGUUCCUGUGGACGAGAUUCGAAUCAUGACGCAGUCCCAGCUUUACCCUCCCGGUCCACAGCCGGCGCCGACCCCUUUCCUGGACCCUUGGCUGUUGGGUGCCAUCGGUGCUGCUUCGGCUUCCUUACUGCUCUUGUACCCGCUGUACACCUUCUACUUUGUGAGGAAGUACAAGGGGCAAAUGCCCUACUAUCCUGGAGACGGGCAAGAGCAGUUCGUGGAUUAUGUCCUGGAGAAGACCGAUCCGGCUGUCAUGUCUGCCAUGGUAAAUACGGCCGGGAAUCUGAAGGCUGCUGCGACAGAAGAAUGA